AGGAGGAGGAGGAGAAGAAGGAGAGGCUAGUAUUGGUUUAGAAGAGGAGGAGGUAGGAGGAGGAGGGGGUAAGCGUUCAGAACUUGAUAUGUUGGGUACUGUCCCUCUUUGAUGCAUUGGGGCAGCUCCUGUUGAGCUCAGUCUUGACCUGUGAUGGUGGUGGUGCAUUGGUUGAGAUGAAGUAGGAUAUACACUGGUGGUGGAGGCACGUGGUCUGUGAGCAGUAGUAGAGGAGGAGGAGGGAUACUGUGACUGAUAAUGGUGGUGUGCUGGUGGUUCAACUAUUAUACAGUAUUUGUUGAACUUGGUGAUACUGAUACAAAGAUUGAGUUACUGCAUCCAUUAGGGGAGGAUAGUCCCAUUGAGGGAUUUUUAAAAUAUAAUCCAGCUGGAGGGAUACACCACAUCUGCCUUGAAGUUAGUGAUAUACAUAAAGCAGUUGAUUCAUUGAAAGGUAAAGUAAGAGCAUUGAACCCUGAACCAAAGAUUGGUGCUCAUGGUAAACCAGUUGUGUUCUUACAUCCUAAGGAUUGUGAUGGAGUACUGGUUGAACUGGAACAAGAAUAAUGUACAACAAUUGUAACUAUGAAUUUAUAUAAAAAGUAGCAAAAUAAUGUCUUUAGCAA